UGUGCUUCCUGUUUGGUCUGGGUACUAAUCAGCAACUGGACUGGACCUCUGCAGCAUUUAGCUUCUAAGGCGAGAUAACACGGUCACGGAAUCUGCAUCUUUUUUUUCCUGAAAAACCAUUUCAGAUGAAAUUUUUCACCCAGCUAUACUAGCUUUCCGGCAGAUUCCCCGGACCAUGGUCACAGUGUCUUAGGCAGACAAGAAUACAACCCUGCCUUUCAGUCCAUGGAGCUAUGGAAGACAGUGAGGUUGUUAGAAUCAAUAAUAACGGAGAAAGGAAGAUGUACAAUGAAAAGAGCACAAUAAACCAGAGACCAGUGGGAAGUGGCAAAAGGAGAAUCUGCAAAACACUUGGAUAUCUAACAGGAGAAAUGAAAGCAUGUGGAGACUGGCUGAAAGAUACACCUCUAGUUGUUCAGUUUAUUGACUGGGUCCUGCGGGGAAUAUCCCAGGUGAUGUUUGUCAACAACCCGCUCAGUGGGUUACUUAUUCUAGCCGGACUGUUGAUCCAGAAUCCUUGGUGGAUGCUCACAGGCUGUUCAGGAACAGUUGUCUCGACAUUAACGGCACUUAUUCUGAGCCAGGACAGAUCGGCCAUAGCAGCAGGACUGUUUGGCUACAAUGGAGUCCUGGUGGGACUGCUCGUGGCGGUGUUCUCUGACAAAGGAGACUAUUAUUGGUGGCUUCUCCUGCCAGUUGUUGUUACAUCCAUGGCUUGCCCACUUCUUUCCAGCGCUUUAGGUUCAGUCUUCAGGAAAUGGGACCUUCCUGUUCUCACCCUGCCUUUCAACAUUGCGGUGUCUCUUUACUUGGCUGCCACUGGACACUACAACCUCUUCUUCCCUAUGACGCUCAUUCAGCCUGUAACGUCAGUGCCCAACAUCACCUGGUCUGAAAUCGAAGUGCCACUGCUGCUACAAUCCAUUCCGGUCGGUGUCGGCCAGGUGUAUGGCUGUGAUAACCCCUGGACUGGUGGCAUCUUCCUGGUUGCUUUACUCAUCUCUUCUCCACUCAUUUGCUUGCAUGCUGCAAUUGGAUCAGCAGUGGGGAUGCUGGCAGCGCUGACCAUUGCAAUGCCAUUUGACAGGCUCUACUUCGGCUUGGGGAGUUACAACUGUGUGCUUGCUUGCAUUGCAAUCUGAGGCAUGUACUAUGCUCUUACCUGGCAGACACACUUGCUGGCACUUGCCUGUGCAUUAUUUUGUGCCUAUGCUGGAGCAGCUCUUGCUAAUAUCUUGUGCGUGAUUGGAUUACCAGCCUGCACCUGGUCUUUCUGCUUCUCUGCACUUCUCUUUUUGCUCCUAACUACAAAUAACUCUGCAAUCUACAAGCUGCCACUCUGCAAAGUCACUUACCCAGAAGCCAACCGAGUCUACUACCUGAGAAUGAAAAGAAGAGAGCAGAAACCCACUGGUGAUUAGCCAAUACAAAUGGGAGACACUUUGUGAUCCCCAAUGUAGCUGCACAUACUGAUCUCAAAAGCACAUGAAUCAGAAGUUUCCGUACUAUCUGUCAAACACACACACACGUCAGCAAUUCAUGUCUUCAACAACUAGGUGUUAUGCUAUGAGGGCUGAGGUUAUAUAUAUCAUAUUUUGGAGGAAAUAUUUGUUCCUGUUCUGAGCCUCAAAAAAUGCAUUCAGGUAACAUAAUGGGUGUAUGAUACUAAUUUGAAACAAAUUAUUAUUAUUCAUAGUAAUAAUAUUGUAGGAGUUGACUUUUAUUUUACAUUUGCAUGGUAGGACAAUAAGAACCCAAACCCAACUAGGAUUUUUGGAUGCUGCCAUAAUAGAACAAUAAUACUGUGCGAAGAACCUUGUGAUGAGCUGUGGUUAAAAUCAAGAAGAAGUUUGUUUGUAAAUGCAACAGAAAGACUGACUGACUGAUUUACUCUUUUGGCAACACAUAAAUCUUGUCUAA